CUGCAAAACAAGUCGAGUGCUCAAUAGUCAGUCAGCCAGUCAUUGCUUGCUUUUCAAGAGAAGAUGAACGAUAAGGCACAUAUGUAGCUAGUGUUUGUUGCGUAAAAAGCGAAACUACAUACAUACAUUGGUACAUGCAUACAUAGAAGCUAUCCGAAAGAUUGGUAAAAGAGGGAAUUUUGUGAUAUUGUGAAAUCGAAUUGAAAUGAAUUCAUUGGCACCGAAAAUUAAACUCAGCAAUGGCCAAGCGAUACCAUCUAUUGGACUGGGUACAUGGCGGUCGCGGGAAUCCGAUGCAGAACGCGCUGUGAAAGAUGCCAUUGACGUGGGUUACAGACACAUUGACACCGCCUUUGUGUAUGAAAACGAAGACGAAGUGGGACGAGCCAUCAAUGCCAAAAUCGCUGAAGGCAUCAUUAAGCGUGAAGACAUAUUUGUUGUGACAAAGUUGGGCGGCAUCCAUCACGAUCCGCAAUUGGUGGAGCACGCGUGUCGUAAGAGUCUGUCCAACUUAGGCCUCGUUUACAUCGAUUUAUAUCUGAUGCACUUCCCUGUUGGCCAAGUAUACAAAGGCGAUGAAAAUGUGCACGGAACUGCGGAACUUUCCGACGUUGACUAUCUAGACACCUGGCAUGCUAUGGAAAAACUCGUCGAUGUGGGUUUGGUGCGUGGUAUUGGCCUGUCCAAUUUCAAUGCGGAGCAAACGGAACGAGUGAUACAGAAUUGUCGCAUACGCCCAUUGGUCAACCAAGUGGAAUGUCAUCCCGGACUCAAUCAAAAAAAGUUGAUCGCAUUUUCUCGGCACCACAACAUUGUUAUUACGGCGUAUUGUCCGUUGGCGCGUCCCAAACCGGAUCAACAAUGGCCUCCGUUUCUGUACGAUGAAACUGCAAAGAAGUUAGCGCAAAAAUAUCAAAAGACAACUACGCAGAUCUGUUUACGAUAUUUACUCCAGCUGGGUACUAUACCGAUUCCGAAGUCUGUAACGAAAAACCGCAUCGAGGAGAAUUUCGCUAUUUUCGAUUUCGAAUUAAGCGACGAAGAUAUGAAUAUAAUGGACGGCUAUCACACAGGGCGGCGUUUAGUACCAUUUUUGGCGAUGAGCCGCCAUAAAUACUUUCCAUUCAACUCAGAGUUCUAACUAGAUACAUAUGUAUAUGCUACGUUGUGAUUAUUUGUACAUAAAACUUUACACAAAUAAAAUAUGUUAAAUACUAAAUUUGUUUAA